AUGCAGGACACAGAGAGGGAGGCAAGGCCACUGGAUUUCUUCCCUCAGGACUGUGAGGAAAGAACCACAUGGAAACAGCCACUGGUGACAGAUGCUGCAGAGGAAGCAUGUUGGGGGGUGGCCACGGAGCGGCAGCUGGACCACUUUGGAGCUGAAAUGGACACUCAUCCUCAGGACCCAGCCGCCCUGCUGGGAGGAAGCCUGAAGGAGUUCAUGAAGAGACCACUUGGAUCCCAGCUGACAGCAAUCACGCCCCUCCUCACGCGCGCGACCGCAGGGGGCGGGGCCUCGGGGCCGCGCGUGCGCUCGCCGGUCCGCCGUGCGCAUGCUCAGUGUUCUCCCGCGCGCUCGCGAGAGAGGAUGGCGGGGGCCGCGCCGGGCGCCAUCAUGGACGAGGACUACUUCGGGAACGCGGCCGAGUGGGGCGACGAGGCGGAAGGCGGCCAGGAGGAUGACUAUGGAGAGGGAGAAGAUGACGCUGAGGUCCAGCAGGAGUGCCUACAUAAAUUUUCUACCCGGGAUUAUAUAAUGGAGCCCUCUAUCUUUAACACUCUAAAGAGGUAUUUUCAGGCAGGAGGCUCUCCGGAAAAUGUUAUCCAGCUUUUGUCGGAGAACUACACAGCUGUGGCGCAGACCGUCAACCUGCUGGCCGAGUGGCUCAUCCAGACAGGUGUUGAGCCAGUGCAGGUUCAGGAAACUGUGGAAAAUCACCUGAAGAGUUUACUGAUCAAACAUUUUGACCCCCGCAAAGCAGACUCUAUCUUUACUGAAGAAGGAGAGACCCCUGCUUGGCUUGAACAAAUGAUUGCACACACCACUUGGAGAGACCUUUUUUAUAAGCUGGCUGAAGCCCACCCAGACUGUUUGAUGCUUAACUUCACUGUUAAGCUUAUUUCCGAUGCAGGAUACCAAGGGGAGAUCACGAGUGUGUCCACAGCCUGCCAGCAGCUGGAGGUGUUUUCUAGAGUGCUCCGUACUUCUCUAGCUACAAUUUUGGAUGGAGGAGAAGAAAACCUUGAAAAAAAUCUCCCUGAGUUUGCAAAGAUGGUGUGCCACGGGGAACACACGUACCUGUUUGCGCAGGCCCUGAUGUCCGUGCUGGCCCAGGAGGAGCAGGGGGGCUCGGCUGUGCGCAGGAUUGCACAAGAGGUUCAGCGCUUCGCCCAGGAGAGAGGCCACGACGCCAGUCAGAUCACACUGGCUCUGGGCACAGCUGCCUCCUACCCCCGGGCGUGCCAGGCCCUCGGGGCCAUGCUGUCCAAGGGAGCCCUGAACCCGGCUGACAUCACAGUCCUGUUCAAGAUGUUUACGAGCAUGGACCCGCCCCCUGUUGAACUCAUCCGGGUACCCGCCUUCCUAGACCUGUUCAUGCAGUCACUCUUUAAACCCGGGGCCAGGAUCAACCAGGACCACAAGCACAAGUAUAUCCACAUCUUGGCAUAUGCAGCGAGCGUGGUGGAGACCUGGAAGAAGAACAAGCGUGUCAGCAUCAAUAAAGACGAGUUGAAGUCCACAUCAAAAGCUGUUGAGACUGUUCACAACCUGUGUUGCAAUGAGAACAAGGGGGCGUCGGAGCUCGUGGCUGAGCUGAGCACCCUCUAUCAGUGCAUCCGGUUUCCAGUGGUGGCCAUGGGGGUGCUGAAGUGGGUGGACUGGACUGUGUCCGAGCCGAGGUACUUCCAGCUGCAGACCGACCACACCCCGGUGCACCUGGCGCUGCUGGAUGAGAUCAGUACCUGCCAUCAGCUCCUGCACCCCCAGGUCCUGCAGCUGCUGGUGAAGCUCUUCGAGACAGAGCACUCACAGCUGGACGUGAUGGAGCAGCUCGAGUUGAAGAAGACCCUCCUGGACAGGAUGGUGCACCUGCUGAGCCGGGGCUACGUGCUCCCUGUGGUCAGUUACAUCCGCAAGUGUCUGGAGAAGCUGGACACUGACAUCUCCCUCAUUCGCCACUUUGUGACCGAGGUACUGGAUGUCAUCGCGCCCCCCUACACCUCUGACUUUGUGCAGCUUUUCCUCCCCAUCCUGGAAAACGAUAGCAUUGCUGGCACCAUUAAAACCGAAGGCGAACAUGACCCCGUGACAGAGUUCAUAGCUCACUGCAAGUCUAACUUCAUUCUGGUGAACUGA